CAUCCUCAACUACUUCCCAAAGAUAAAAUUUCAACUAAGCCGGAAAAUACACCUCGCAUUUGCAGCUUUGUUCGAAAUUUCCAAAUUCCAUUCAGUAUCAAGUCAGAUCCGUGGAUAACAUCUUCUGGUUGGUUUAAUCGCUCGUUUGGUUUAAGUAUCUAAACUUCAGUAAAUACAUAAAAAAUGAGCCGUCCUCAAGAACCACACCGCCCUUUCUUCCAUUUUGGAAAUCCUUUCCGUACUCCUAAGGGUUCUCAGUUACCUCCGGGACUUCUUUCUUUAUUGAAUGCGUUUGAGGCUGCCUUGUCAGAGAGGCUGCAAAAACUUGUGCCUAAAGACAAGAAUGACAUCCUUAGCUUGUCGUGGAUGAAAUUAGCAAUGGAGUUGCUUUCCGAGAUUCACUGCGACAUAAAAAACCUGAUAACCAAUCUUGAGCUCCCUGUGACUGAUUGGGAUGAGAAAUGGAUAGAUGUGUACCUGGAGAUAAGUGUAAAGUUGCUCGAUAUUAGUAUUGCUUUUACGUCUGAACUUACAAGGCUCAACCAAGGCCAUCUCUUACUUCAGUGUGUCUUCCAUAAGUUGGAGUCCGACUCCCCGAACCAAUUCCUGCGGGCAUGUUCCUCACUUGAUAGCUGGAGACAGCACAUUCGUUCAAAAAAUCCCAGACUUGAAGGUUGUAGUCCUAUACUGGACAAACUUGUGGAGUCAUUGAGCUUGCCUAAGGUGAAGAACUCUGCUAAAGGGAAGGUUUUGAUGCGUGCUAUGUAUGGAGCUAAGGUGGUGACUACAUAUAUCUGUAGUGUCUUUGCUUCAGCUUUCUCUGGUUCUACCAAAAAUUUGUUAGAUUUGCAUGUUUAUGCUAUGCUCCCAUGGGAACAAGUUUUCUCUGAUAUGCAAACAACUGUUAAUACAGAAAUUAGAAAUAUAUUUUCUUGCGGAGAAUUUACAGUUCUUAGAGAACUUCAUGCCGUCGAUGCUUGUUCCAAGAAAUUGUAUCCAUUCCUUCAAGAUGGGUUUAGUCCUUCUGAAGGUGAAACAUUCAAGAAUUCUGUUUCAGAUAUGAGGAAUACAGCAGAGAAACUAUCGCAAGGUUUAGAUAAUCUUUCAAUGGUAGUAGAUGGCUUUUUCAAAAUAGUUUUGACUGGGCGUGAUGCUUUGCUUUGUGAUCUAAGAGCAGGUUGUGCUGUCCCCAAAUCAGUCACAGGAAGAAAUCUUGACGAGCAAGUUGCAAGGUGAAUCAUGAAUGUAUCGAAGCUAAAUUCUUCUGUAUACAGAUGGUUUAGGUCAGGCUAUUCUUGACAUGUAUAGCAUGCGUUAGUGUUUGCUCCCAAAAGAGGUAUAAAUUCUGUGCAGUUUUUCUCAGCCUUAAACCGUAUGGAUGUUUUUUAUGUGAAAAAUUAGGUGGACAUGCAAAUUGGAUAGUAUUAUAAUGAUCCCAGGCUUGAAUUCUGAGAAAAGAUCCUCGGGUUGCAUCUAUUGUAGUCGUAUGAAACUGGGAAAACAAUAUUGGUGAUAUUGUGAUUUGCAUGUUAAAUCUGUGGAUAGUAUUGUCGCA